AACAGGGACCGGAAGUAACUCGGAAGUGACGAAAGGGCUCAUUAUAAACCAUGCUUGAAUGGAGGUGACCUUAGUGCAUAAUCUAGUAGUUAAUUCUUAUUCGUUAUCGGUCCCUCGUUUUAUGCGCCUGCCCAAUAUUGUUUAAUACAAAAGUUGUGUUAAAAGGUAUUGAGCGAGACGAGCAGACAUGGCGGAGGCUCACCAAGCACGCGUUCAGGCUGUGGUGGAGGAAAUGGUCCAAAGCCUGGAGAGGGAUCACAUCCGCAAAAUGCAGGCUCGCAUGUUCAAGUGCAGCGCGGACUGCUGUGAUCGACCCACAGACACCAUGACUCAGGUGCAUCAGUGCAUCGACAGGUGUCACACUCCUCUGGCCAAAGCCCAGGGCCUCGUCACCUCCGAGCUGGAGAAGUUUCAGGACCGUCUGGCCAGAUGCACAAUGCACUGCAACGACAAGGCAAAGGAUUUGUUUGACUCCGGUGCCAAGGAACCCGCUGUCCGGUCCCUGAUGGAGCGAUGUGUGGGCAGUUGCGUGGACGACCACAUGAACCUCAUUCCCAGCAUGACUCGUAGAAUCCAGGAGAACCUGGACUCUAUACCCCAAUGAGAUGACAAAGUCAACGCUUGUACUGAGUCCACUCUGAUCAGUGACUAUGAAGUGGAAGUAAAAAGGCAUGAGACCUGGCAUCCACACGGCCUGAUAUACCGUGCACUUUGAAUCAUGCAUCAGGUGUUGCGCUGUCAAACAUAUUUAAGUUGUUUGUCAUAGAAGUACAUACAUGUUUCUAUAAAACAAUUACAUUUA